ACGGACACCCACUGGAGCCACCAUCAUCUCUGCGCCUCUCUCUCUCUCUCUCUCUCCAUCUUUCUCUCCAAACUCUGUUGUCAGAACCCACAAGAGCAAAUAAGGCUGAGGGGAAGAACGAAAGAUGGCCCUGGCAAAAGAAAUCAUGGGUGCUUCUUUGAUCGAGAGAUCUUCAUUUGAUUCUUCGUCAAAAUUGCUCCUUGGCCAUAGUUUUCAGCAGAGCCCUUUUGCGGUUCCUUUGGAGAAGAAUAGACGAGCAGUGAGGUUGAGAAAAGCUGUGAAGAAAAAUACCGUGGCAGCCAUCAGUGAGGAUUUGGUCAAGUCCUCGUCUUCUUCAUCAUCAUCAUCAUCAUCUUCUUCUGUUCCUGCUGAGAAAGCAGUGACAUUCAAGGUUAGAGCUGUAGUGACUGUUAGGAACAAGAUCAAAGAGGACUUUAAGGAGACCGUUGUCAAGCAUUUGGAUGCCAUCACUGACCGAAUAGGCAGGAAUGUUGUUUUGGAACUUGUCAGCACUGAGAUUGACGCAAAAACGAAAGCCCCAAAGAAGAGCAAUGAAGCUGUGCUGAAAGACUGGUCAAAGAAACUGAAUGUGAAAGCAGAGAGAGUUAAUUACACAGCCGAGUUCAUGGUGGACUCCGAUUUUGGAGAACCAGGAGCUAUUACAGUGACGAACAAACACCAGCAAGAGUUCUUCAUGGAAAGCAUAACCAUAGAAGGAUUUGCUUGUGGUCCUGUUCAUUUCCCCUGUAACUCCUGGGUUCAAGCCAAGAAAGAUCAUCCUGGAAAAAGGAUAUUUUUUUCCAACAAGCCAUAUCUACCUCAUGAGACACCAGCUGGGCUAAGAGUACUGAGAGAGAAGGAACUGCGGAAUCUAAGAGGUGACGGCUCAGGUGUUAGGAAAUUAUCAGACAGAAUAUAUGACUUUGCCCCCUACAAUGAUCUGGGCAAUCCAGACAAAGGCUCGGACCUCGCUAGACCAAUUCUUGGAGGCUCAGAAAAAUAUCCUUACCCAAGACGAUGUCGUACUGGCCGCCUCCCUACAGAGACAAAUCUGAAUGCAGAGAGCCGUGUGGAGAAGCCGCUUCCAAUGUACGUUCCAAGAGAUGAGCGAUUUGAGGAGUCAAAGCAGAACACAUUCACAAUCAAGAGGUUGAAGGCAGUGCUUCAUAACUUGAUUCCUGGGCUCAAGGCCAGCCUCUCUGCAAAUAACAAAGACUUCAAUGAAUUCUCAGACGUUGAUGGAUUGUACAGUGAGGGUCUUCUCAUCAAACUGGGUUUGCAAGAUGAAGUUCUCAAGAAAAUCCCUUUGGUCAGAAAGAUCCAUGAAUCCAGUCAGGGACUUCUUAAGUACGACACUCCCAAGAUUAUUUCCAAGGACAAGUUUGCGUGGCUGCGAGAUGACGAAUUUGCCCGUCAAGCAAUUGCAGGAAUCAACCCUGUGAACAUUGAGAAGCUCAAGGUUUUCCCACCCGUCAGCAAGCUUGACCCUCAAGUUUAUGGCCCUCAAGAGUCUGCCCUCAGAGAGGAACACAUUUUGGGUCAUCUCAAUGGCAUGACUGUUCAACAGGCAAUAGAUGAAGAUAAGUUGUUCAUCAUAGACUAUCACGAUAUCUACCUUCCGUUUCUUGAUGGGAUCAAUGCCCUUGAUGGUAGAAAAUCCUACGCUACCCGAACCAUCUUCUUCUUGACUCCCAUGGGCACUCUCAAGCCCAUUGCUAUUGAGCUCAGUCUCCCGCCGGCCGGACCCAGUUCCCGGUCAAAACGCGUAGUCACACCGCCGGUUGACGCCACCACCACCUGGAUGUGGCAGCUUGCUAAGGCCCACGUCUGUUCCAAUGACGCCGGCGUGCAUCAACUUGUUAACCAUUGGCUACGGACACAUGCGGUCAUGGAGCCGUUUAUAUUGGCAGCACACAGGCAAUUAAGCGCGAUGCAUCCUAUAUUCAAGCUAUUGGAUCCUCACAUGAGAUACACACUAGAGAUCAAUGCUUUGGCUCGUCAAAGUUUGAUCAACGCAGAUGGAAUUAUCGAGUCUUGCUUCACGCCUGGACGCUACUGCAUGGAAAUCAGUUCUGCUGCUUACAAAAACCUAUGGCGCUUUGACAUGGAGAGCCUCCCUGCUGAUCUCAUCCGCAGGGGAAUGGCAGUUCCUGAUCCAACUCAACCACAUGGUCUGAGGCUGCUCAUAGAAGACUACCCUUAUGCUGCUGAUGGGCUGAUGAUCUGGUCAGCCAUACAAAACUGGGUUCGCACCUAUGUGAACCAUUAUUACCCUGACCCUAGCCUUGUGGCUCAGGACAAGGAGCUUCAAGCUUGGUACUUUGAGUCCAUCAACGUGGGUCAUGCUGACCUCAAGGACGAACCUUGGUGGCCACCAUUGAACACAGGUGACGACCUCGUCUCUAUCCUCACAACCUUGAUUUGGAACGCUUCUGCACAGCACGCUGCUCUUAACUUUGGGCAGUACCCUUAUGGAGGGUACGUGCCCAAUCGGCCUCCGAUGAUGAGAAGACUAAUCCCGGAAGAGAGUGACCCAGAAUAUGCCAGUUUCCUAGCAGACCCUCAGAAAUACUUCCUUAAUGCCAUAUCUAGCCUGUUGCAAGCUUCCAAAUUUAUGGCUGUGGUUGAUACUCUGUCCACCCACUCACCGGACGAGGAGUACCUCGGUGAGCGGCAGCAACCGUCAAUCUGGACCGGUGAUGCCGAGAUGGUGGAGGCUUUCUACGGUUUCUCAGCCAAGAUGAUGCAGAUAGAUAAGGAGAUUGACAAGAGGAACUGUGACAGGACAAUGAGGAACCGAUGUGGUGCCGGAGUGUUGCCUUAUGAGCUGCUCGCUCCUAACUCAGAACCUGGCGUUACAUGUAGAGGUGUUCCAAAUAGUGUGUCCACAUGAGAACCAAAAAAACAAUCAAAUAAGAACCACAAUUUAAAUAUUGUUCUGAAAAUAGGAGUGUAGUUUUGAGAGACAUUUUCAUGGAUGGUUCAUUAAUUACUGCUAUAUGUAUACCAAUGAUGAUUGUGGUACACAUGACGCUGUUCAUUUUGUACCUAAGAAGAGGUAGAUAUCUAGAUAGGGUUGUAUAAGUUGUAUAUGUUUAUAGAGGUCAACGGUAUUGGAUGUGUAA